AUGGACAAGCGGCUCCUCAAAGCAGCCAUAUACGGUGAUCCUGUGCAAUUAGCGGAAUUGGCUUCAGAAGAUUCAAGCUUUUUGCUGCGAACAACUCCACAAGGAAACAACUGCAUCCACAUAUCCUCCAUUCACGGCAACGAGGAAUUCAUCAAGAAUGUGGUAGAAUUCCCCACAUAUUAUUCUGAUUCUCUACUAUCAGAUGCCAAUUUUCAGGGGCAGACGCCGCUUCUCAUUGCAGUCACACUUGGUCAUAUUGAUCUGGCAAAUUAUUUACUCCACCACAGCUGCAAUGUGCAAGAACUGAGACAUGCAAUCUUGCACCAGGACAGUGAGAAGUCUAAUGCAUUGCACCAUGCCAUCCGCAAUGGCCAUAGAGACUUCGCACUAAAAUUGAUAGAAGCAGAGCCUUCCCUGUCACAAGCUGCUAACAAUUAUGAUGAAUCACCCAUGUUCAUCGCUGUGAUGAGAGAUUUUACCGAUGUUUCCGAGAGACUACUGCAGAUUCCUGAUUCUUCUCAUGUAGGCACUUGUGGCCGUCAUGCUCUCCAUGCCGCAGCUAGAAAUGGGAAUCAAGAUAUUGCCACCAGUAUCAUGUUGCAACGUCCUCAGCUGGCCAGAGAAGCUGACAAGAAUCAUGAUACACCAAUAAGACUGGCUAUUUGUUAUAACAAGGUUGAUGUGCUACGAGUAUUACUGGGACAUGACGUUUCUCUAGGGUAUGAAGUUAGCAACAAAGGUUUUACUCUCCUUACUAGUGCAGCAACUCGAGGUCAUGUCGAUGUUGCUCGAGAGCUUCUUUUACAUUGUCCAGAUGCUCCUUACCGCCACGUACACCAUAAGGAAUUGACAUGCCUUCACACAGCUGUAUCUAACAAUCAUUCAGCGUUCGUUGAAUUUAUCCUAGAGAGAAGGCAGUUUAGGCACCUCAUUAACAUGCGAGAUGGCGAUGGAAAAACCGCUCUACAUCACGCAAUAGUGACGUGCAAUCCUAGAAUUGUUCAUGCUUUACUCUCUCACAAUGAUAUAGACACAACAAUACUUGACAAUGGUGGUAAUUCAGCAGCUUCACAAUUGUCGGGCAUCACAGGUCAUGACAACACUUUAGACUGGACGGAAGUGCACGUGCUUAUGUUGAAGGCUGACCCCAAAGAUGACGAUCUCUGUUUGUACAAACUUCACGAGACAGUCAAGCGACGGGCUACUGUUGAAUCAAGAAAGGAGAGGAAGUCUCUAACUCAAAAAUAUACAAGCAACACGUCAUUAGUGGCAAUCCUCCUAGCGACAAUCACCUUCACGGCUGCUUUCACUCUUCCUGGAGGAUACAGCAGUGAGCCUGGAAGCCCAGGACUUCUGGUCAUGUCUAAAAAGGUUGCAUUUCAACUUUUCCUGAUAUUUGACACCUUAGCGAUGUGCUCUUCAUUUGUUGUGGCCAUUAUAUGUCUCAUGGGAAGGUGGGAGGAUGAAAGGUUCAUGGCAUAUUACAUCUCUGUUACUAAGAAACUUGCUUGGACUGCAUAUAUGGCAACACUUGCGGCUUUUGCAGCUGGCUCGCCACUGCUGGAGUUGACUCUUGCCAUCCUACCUGACAAUCACAAUUUGCCUUAG